AUGGGAGCUAAAGGAAGCAAAUUAAGUAAAUGGGUUGGUGUUGGGAGUGCUCACAAGCGCAUAGAAGGGUCUCUAUUAUUGGCACCUAAAGGUUAUGUUCCAAUUUGUGUUGGCACAAAUGAGGACACUUGCACGCGAUUUAUUGUUAAUAUCAGAGCCCUUCGUCAUGCAUUUUUCUGUGAGCUGCUAGGAAAGACUGCAGAAGAAUAUGGGUUCAUGAAUGAAGGGGUUUUGAGGAUCCCGUUUGAAGCACAAGCUUUUGAAGAGUGGUCCAUCACCAACUCCAACAAAAAGCUUAAAAUUAAGAUUAGGAGGGUCACAAAUUAG